AUGGACACGAUCUCGUCGUUUAUCGCUCCCACAGCCCUGGCACCGAUGCUGAUACAUACCGAGACAAUCACGCGGGACAUGCGCAUCAAGCUUCAGCUUCUCGAAUUCAUCACUACAUGCAACCAGAAACAAUAUCAUAGCGCUGCAGCGAACAAUCAAUCACUACGGCAUGGAUUCGGAGAGCAGAAGGAAGGAUUUACGGUCUCGACCGAACCUCAAGUCUACCCAUCACACUCGAAAUCCGAGGCCCAGAGACCACACAUUGGUACGAACAAGGACUGUACCCAACCAAGACUGGACAUCCCACCUGCCAUCGCCUAUGCAUUCAUCUCCCUGUGCAUCGUCGCAAAUGACCAUCUGUCCGACAACUGGGCCGAUAUUGCAGCCCAGCUCAUGCUAAAAGCUGCGUAUGAGAAUCAUGGGAGUACAAUGCCCGACAAAUUUUAUGAAUUGAUAGCCCAAGCACCAGAGGCGCUUAAAAAAAAGCCUGACUGGCAACGAGUGGCUGAUAAAUAUGAAACUUACCUACAGCCACCGCUCGGGGUUCUCCCGUCCAGGGAUCUGGAAACCCCACUGAAACGCCUGCCUACGCAUCAACUCGGAACCAUCAUCAUCGAGUUUUUGUUUGAUCUCAUGAGGUGCCUGAACCCUCCGGUUUUGUUACAGCUCGAGAGAGGGAAGCUCUAUGGACUGAGCCGAGCGGAAACACAGGGGCUGAAAACCAAGGUUGGACUGCGAUGA